AUGGGCUUACUCCCAAUCGUGCGAUUACUGAAGUCGACCUACCUCACCCCACCCGUACCACUAACAUCAGAACUUGGUCGCGAGUUCCUUAUCUUGUCGUUGCACUCUCCGGGCGCUGUUGGCGAGCUAAUGUGGACGGACCGUUUGUGCGUGGUGCCUGGCCAAGCUACACUGGCAUAUUCUUGCCGUGUCCCUUUAUUCUGCUAG